UGUUACAGACAAAGUUUCUUUGUUUUAUUUUGCAUAUAUUUGACCCGGGGUUAUUUCGAGAGAAAUCGGUCAUUGCACUUUUGUCGAAUGACCGCUAAUAAACUACUCCCUUCAAGGCGAUUGCACCAUCUGUUCGUGGGUAGGAAUAGGCCUGUCGGCGGGAACAAAGUCUUUUAUCGAUUUUUCUUUUCUCUCGUUUUUGUGUUUGUUUAUUAUUUCAAAUCAUUGCCAGUCGGCUGUUUACAAUUUAUUUGUGCUAAGAGUUUGCCGGUUAGUCUGUUAGUAAUGCUAAUUCAUAUGCCGUAAUGAGCGGAUUUAUUCGCUUGUCUUUAAGUUAAAUAAUAGGGUUUGAUUUGUUUUCAUAUUGUAAUGUUGCUAUUGUUUGCAUCUUUAGAAUUAAGUAUGUUAUAAACCUGCCUGUUGGGUUGGUCGUAAACUUUAGCAACCCUCAACCUCAACCUCAACAUAACUUUAUUUGGACGUCUACAUUCUACAAUACUGUGAUCGUUUGUGUCUCUACAAUACUGGAAUUAUUUGUUCUUAUCAUCACACAAUUUCGUCGUUUAUUUAUUCGUCUAUAUCGUACUUGUGCAUGUAGACUGGUAUUUUAUCGACUGCAUUACAUUUCGUUCAUAUUCAAAGUUGUGGAGUUGUUAAUUAUCGAGAAACCUGGCAGGUUAUAUACAUCAGGGGAAGUUAAUAGCGCGAAGUGUCACCGCCCAACACGUUAUAGGCUUCUUGUAGAGCCUCAUCAUAAGUGUUAAGUCGCUUAUAAUCUACAUUUGUUGCUAAAUAUUGGCUUCGUGACACUCGCCAUUCGUGGAUACUUUGAUCGUGUGAACUUUAUCGUAAAUCAAUUGAAAGGAAACAUCUAAGCGUUUAUAUUGUCGAAAUGUCGUCGUCUCGGACAUCGAUAACAUCGUCGAUGAAGUCGGAUCAAGCCAAGGCCGAGCGUAAUCUACGUUUAGCGCAAUUAAAGUUGGAGCGGGCAAAAAAGGAAGCUGCGCUUGAGAGCGAACGUGUCCAACUUGAACUUGAGCGUAAACGUGUCCAACUUGAACUUCAGCGAAGUAUAUUGGAUGCGGAAACGGAAGCAGAACAAGCGAAGAUAGAAUUGGAAAGCGUCGCGGCAAGAUCAAGCAAAGGCUCAACGCGGGAUGAUGAAGAAGAAGAUGUGGAAUCCUUUACUACCUUAUCACCGAAGAGAUUGAUGGAAUACGUGAAGACACCAGGGGGGAAGGGACUGUUUUCUGUGCCAAGUCAUGAUGCACAAAUAAUAAAUAAACAUGAUGAUAAAUCGGAAAUAUUAGAUUUUAAUGAGGAUUGUAACAGGAGUAUUUUCAAAAUUGUAAAUACGGAUCAGGAUAAACAUUCUACUGCGGAAGAAAUUGUACAGCGGCCUAUUUGCAUGUUGGAUCCAGGCAUACCUAUCCAUUACUCAAGCCCGGAGCAUGAGGUGCCUGUGACUCAGAAGAUAUUGGUGAGUCCUAUUUUACCUGAUAAUUGCGAGCAACCACUAGAUCCACAGAUUAGUGCGGAGCAAUUAUUGUUGCCUAAUUACGUCAAGCCAGAGAUUAAGCCUGAUUUCAAAUCUGCCAAGCAUGAUAUCGUGUAUGAUGAUGUUAGGGCAGGCAUAAGGGCGCCAGAUGUGGCCAAGCCUUUUGCUACUGAAAUGCCUAACAUGACACUGAAUGCUGUAGCGCAAUUGACCAGGGCGAUGAUGGCGGGCAUGACUGAUGUGGCAAAUAUAAUCAAGCAGGGAUUCACAUUACCUCAGAUUAAGCUUUCUGUAUUUGACGGGAACGUACUAAAAUAUCCUGAAUUCGUUCGUGAAUUCAAUAACUAUAUUGGAUCAUGCAAACUGGACACUGCUACAAAACUAAAUUAUCUAAUAUCUCAUUGCACUGGUGAAGCAAAGGAAACUAUAAAAUCAUGUGGAAAUUUACCAUCAGAAGAGGGAUACAAUUUGGCUCGUAAUAUUCUUCAUAAAAAUUAUGGUCAAACUCAUUUAAUUAUUGACACACAUCUUAAUUUGUUGUGUGAGGGACCCGCAAUAAAAGUUAAUGACAUUGAAGCCUGGGAUAAAUUGCUUACUCAAGCAAGAAGUACAUUUAUAACAUUUUCACAAUUCGGUAUUAGAUCCAAUUUGGAUGACUUAACUGUACUAAGGAAAAUUGUCAAAAGGUUUCCAUCUCAGCAAAUGUGGAAAUUUGCAAAUUUGGCCAACGAUCGUUAUAAUGCUGGAGAUUUGGUAAACUUCGAUACACUGUUAUCAUUUAUGGAAUCUGUGUCAAAUGUCAAUCGAUCAGGAUUUGGCAAACUUGCUCGUGAAUCACAAAGGAAGAAGAGAGUUGACGACUUGGGAGGUACUCGUAGUAAUCGCAAGGUGUCAUCCUUUCUCAUAUCCGAAGAAAACUCUAGUAAGGACAUUCCAAAACGUAAAAGUCAUGAGUUGAAGUGCAUGAUGUGUGACGGUAGUCAUCGAUUGUGGAAUUGUGCAAAAUUCAAAGAAAAAGAAGUUUCAUUCAGACACAGGUUUGUGCGACAGAAGAAUAUCUGUUUUAAUUGUUUGAUUCCUGGUCACUGGACAAGCCGGUGUCAAUCGAAAAUUCACUGUAGAGUGGAAGGCUGUGAUCUAAAACAUCAUACACUGUUACACUUUAAGCAUUCAAAAAAUGGACAAACAAACUCUAAAGUUGACUUGCGUAACUCAACUGACGACACUCAGUCUGAGAAACAUGAAGUCAGUAGUUAUUCAUCAUCGAAGGAGGCCGGGUCUGAACCAGCUGAAGAGACUGGGGCUCAUGUUUCAUCAUCAUUUUGUUCAUCAAGGGAGACAGCAUCACAUAUUCGUAGGAAGGUCAGUACCAGUUAG